AUGGAGGAUUCGAAACGAAAGAUUUGGACUAUGCAGUAUGUCUUACUUUUGUUGAUCGGUUUAUGCAUUUCUCAGCUCUACGCUUCUGACGAUGUGAAAUUCUAUGACUCGUUUGACGAUGCAUUUGAUGGGCGGUGGGUUGUGUCCAAGAAGGAGGAAUAUACAGGCGUGUGGAAACACUCAAAGAGUGAGGGACAUGAUGAUUAUGGGCUUCUUGUGAGUGAGAAGGCCAGGAAACAUGCCAUUGUAAAGAAACUAGAUGAACAUAUUAACCUCAAGGAUGAGACGGUUGUCCUUCAAUAUGAGGUUCGUUUCCAGAAUGGUCUUGAAUGUGGUGGUGCUUAUCUCAAGUACCUUCGUCCACAGGAUUCCGGCUGGACUCCAGAGGGAUUUGAUAACGAAUCUCCUUACUCCAUUAUGUUUGGACCUGAUAAAUGUGGAGCUACAAACAAGGUUCACUUUAUUUUGAAGCACAAGAACCCUAAGAGUGGGGAGUUUGUUGAACACCACCUUAAGUAUCCACCCUCUGUUCCUUCUGACAAGUUGACCCACGUGUAUACUGCCAUCUUGAAACCAGAUAAUGAGCUGAAAAUCUUGAUUGAUGGAGAGGAGAAGCAGAAGGUUAAUUUUCUCUCAGCAGAAGAUUUUGAACCGCAACUCAUCCCUUCUAAGACCAUUCCCGACCCAGAUGAUAAGAAACCUGAGGAUUGGGAUGAGAGAGCAAAAAUCCCAGAUCCAGAGGCCAAAAAACCAGAUGACUGGGAUGAGGAUGCUCCAAUGGAGAUCGAAGAUGAAGAUGCUGUGAAACCUGAGGGAUGGCUGGAUGAUGAGCCCGAGGAGAUCGAUGAUCCUGAGGCCACGAAACCAGAAGAUUGGGAUGAUGAGGAAGAUGGUGAAUGGGAGGCUCCUAAAGUUGAUAACCCCAAGUGUGAAGAGGCACCUGGGUGUGGAGAGUGGAAAAAACCAAUGAAAAGGAAUCCUGCUUACAAGGGUAAAUGGCAUGCACCCCUCAUCGACAACCCCAAUUACAAGGGUAUUUGGAAGCCUCAGGAAAUUCCAAACCCUGACUACUUUGAGCUCGAGAAGCCAAACUUUGAGCCCAUUGCAGCCAUUGGCAUUGAGAUCUGGACAAUGCAAGAUGGCAUAUUGUUCGACAAUAUUUUGAUAGCUUCUAAUGAGAAAGUUGCAGAAACCUACCGGGCUACUGCAUGGAAGCCAAAAUUUGAAGUGGAGAAAGAGAAACAAAAGGAGGAGGAAUCUACUGAUUCAGAGGGUCUUAAAGGGAUCCAGAAAGUUGCAUUUGACUACCUUUACAAGAUUGCGGACAUCCCUGUCUUGGGUGAUCACAAGGUCAAGGUCUUGGAGCUUAUUGAGAAGGCUGAGAAACAACCAAACCUGACAAUUGGAGUCCUCGUCUCCAUUAUAGUUGUCAUCUUCUCUCUUCUAUUGAAGAUCAUCUUUGGUGGGAAGAAGCGGCCUGCUCAAGCGAAUGUGGAGACAAAGAAAUCCGAUGUUGCUGAGACUUCAAACAAUCAGGGUGCUAGCACUGAGGAGGAGGUGCAAAACGAGGAGAAGGAAGAGCAAAACGAGGAUGCUGCUGCUGCUGCUCCUCGCAGGCGGAACGCCAGGCGUGACAGUUAG